GAUAAUGAUUUGAUCUUACGGCUUUUAUAAUAUCAUAAAUGGGCGUCAUUUCAAUAACUAGUCUCAGAAUAUCUUUUCCACCUAACCAACUUCAUUCAUCAUUAGAAAGAAACUACAAGUUCCAGGAUGCACUGCACAAUUAACGUCAAAUCGAGGACCUCGCCUCUCCGAACUGGUUGUCCUCGCCUUAUUUGAAUGGGAAUAAUCCCGGAGAGAACUGACGUGUGUGACCUAGAGCAGACUUUCGAGUCUUUGUACGGCGAGGUCGGCCGAGCGUGCCGUUCGGAGGGGACAGCAUGGUACCUUUCUGUUCAGGCGUCGCUCCGGGCAGCCUCACCCUUUUCUGGGGCCUCCGUGCGGCAGGAGGACUCCGUUAGUGCGCCUCCAAGAUGGCGACCCUGUUGGCGGUAAAUUCGGCUGCUAGUCUAUGGGGUCCUUACAAAGACAUUUGGCAAACAGUGGGAAAUGCUCUUUGGAGAAGACAACCUGAAGCUGUCCAUCUUCUUGACAUGAUUUUGAAGAAACACAAGCCUGACUUCAUCUCAUUGUUCAAAAACCCAUCAAAAAAUGUUCAACAACAUGAGAAGGUUCAGAAAGCCAGUACAGAGGGAGUCGCCAUCCAGGGUCAGCAGGGAACCCGGCUUCUUCCUGAACAGCUCAUUAAAGAGGCCUUUAUCCUCAGUGACCUUUUUGAUAUUGGAGAAUUGGCAGCUGUUGAGCUUCUCCUCGCCGGAGAGCACCAACAGCCACAUUUCCCUGGCCUCACCAGAGGAUUGGUAGCUGUUCUUUUGUAUUGGGAUGGAAAACGAUGCAUUGCAAAUUCCCUGAAAGCCUUGAUACAGUCUAGACGAGGAAAGACAUGGACCCUGGAACUCAGUCCAGAGCUAGUUUCCAUGACAACACGCUUUACAGAUGAGCUGAUGGAGCAAGGAUUGACUUAUAAAGUCCUUACUCUGGUGUCACAGAUUGAUGUGAACAAUGAGUUUGAGAAACUACAGCGCGAGAGAGGUUUGGGCAGUGAAAAACAUCGCAAAGAGGUUUCUGAUCUCAUCAAGGAGUGCAGACAGUCUCUGGCAGAAAGCCUUUUUGCCUGGGCUUGCCAGUCACCUUUAGGCAAAGAUGACACUCUUCUCCUUAUUGGACAUUUGGAAAGAGUGACAGUUGAGGCUAAUGGCUCAUUGGAUGCGGUGAAUCUGGCUCUUCUUAUGGCACUUCUCUACUGCUUUGAUACUAGUUUUAUAGAACAAAGCACAGAGGAACGUGAUGAUAUGAUUCAUCAGCUUCCACUGUUGACAGAGAGACAGUACAUUGCAACAAUUCACUCUCGCCUUCAAGACUCACAGCCUUGGAAACUGCCUGGGCUGCAAGCCGCUGUUAGACUUGCCUGGGCACUGGCUUUGAGGGGAAUAUCUCAGCUACCUGAUGUGACAGCCCUGGCUGAAUUCACAGAAGCAGAUGAAGCAAUGGCAGAGCUUGCAAUUGCUGACAAUGUUUUCCUGUUCCUCACUGAAUCUGUAGUGGUAUCAGAAAACUUCUAUCAAGAGGAAUUUUAUAUUCGUAGAAUCCAUAAUCUCAUCACAGAUUUCCUUGCACUUAUGCCAAUGAAGGUGAAGCAGUUGAGGAAUCGGGCAGAUGAAGAUGCUCGAAUGAUUCACAUGAGUAUGCAGAUGGGUAAUGAACCCCCCAUUUCACUUAGAAAGGAUCUGGAACACUUAAUGCUCUUGAUUGGUGAGCUCUAUAAAAAGAACCCUUUUAAUUUGGAGCUUGCUCUAGAAUAUUGGUGUCCCUCAGAGCCUCUUCAGACUUCCACUAUCCUGGGUUCUUACCUUGGGGUGGCUCAUCAGCGACCCCCUCAGCGCCAGGUUGUCUUGUCCAAGUUUGUUAGGCAAAUGGGUGACCUGUUGCCUCCGACUAUUUAUAUCCCUUAUUUGAAAAUGCUCCAGGGAUUGGCCAAUGGGCCCCAGUGUGCCCACUACUGUUUUAGCCUGCUCAAAGUCAAUGGUAGUAGUCAUGUUGAAAAUAUUCAGGGAGCAGGCGGCAGUCCUGUUUCCUGGGAACAUUUCUUUCACUCCUUAAUGCUUUACCAUGAACACCUCCGGAAGGAUCUUCCGAGUGCGGAUAGUGUCCAGUACCGUCACCUUCCUUCGCGUGGCAUCACCCAGAAGGAGCAAGAUGGAUUGAUUGCUUUUUUACAGCUCACAUCUACCAUCAUUACUUGGAGUGAAAAUGCUCGCCUGGCACUCUGUGAACAUCCUCAGUGGACCCCUGUUGUGGUGAUUCUGGGACUCCUGCAAUGCAGUAUUCCCCCUGUUCUAAAAGCCGAACUACUGAAGACACUUGCAGCUUUUGGAAAAUCUCCUGAAAUUGCUGCUUCCCUCUGGCAGUCGUUGGAAUAUACUCAGAUACUGCAGACCGUAAGGGUUCCAAGCCAGAGGCAAGCUAUUGGUAUUGAGGUUGAACUAAAUGAAAUAGAAUCCCGGUGUGAAGAAUACCCAUUGACUCGGGCCUUUUGCCAGCUUAUUAGUACCCUGGUGGAGAGUUCAUUUCCUUCUAAUUUGGGCGCUGGACUCCGCCCCCCUGGCUUUGACCCUUAUUUGCAAUUCCUUAGAGAUUCUGUGUUUCUCCGAUUCCGCACAAGAGCUUACCGGAGAGCAGCUGAAAAGUGGGAAGUUGCUGAGGUUGUUUUGGAGGUGUUUUAUAAAUUACUCAGAGAUUAUGAGCCUCAACUUGAAGAUUUUGUAGACCAGUUUGUGGAACUACAAGGAGAAGAAAUCAUAGCCUAUAAGCCACCAGGAUUUAGUCUGAUGUAUCAUCUUCUGAAUGAGUCACCAAUGUUGGAGCUUGCUCUGAGUUUACUGGAAGAAGGUGUGAAGCAGCUUGAUACCUAUGCCCCUUUCCCUGGGAAGAAACACUUGGAGAAAGCAGUACAGCAUUGCCUUGCACUUCUCAAUCUUACUCUGCAGAAGGAAAAUCUCUUUAUGGAUCUUCUGAGAGAGAGUCAGCUGGCUCUAAUAGUCUCUCCUUUAGAACAGCUGCUGCAGGGAAUCAAUCCCAGAACUAAGAAGGCAGAUAACGUGGUGAAUAUUGCCAGAUACCUCUAUCAUGGCAAUACUAAUCCGGAAUUGGCUUUUGAAAGUGCCAAGAUCCUCUGCUGUAUCUCUUGCAACUCCAAUAUUCAGAUAAAGUUGGUUGGAGAUUUCACGCAUGACCAGAGUGUAAGUCAGAAGCUGAUGGCUGGAUUUGUGGAGUGUUUGGAUAGUGAAGAUACAGAAGAAUUUGUACGUCUAGAAGAAGGAUCAGAACUUGAAAAGAAAUUAGCUGGAAUCCGUCAUGAAACAAGAAUCCAUAUCUUGAAUCUUCUCAUCACCUCUCUGGAACGCAAUCCACCCAAUCUUGCUCUCUACCUAUUGGGCUUUGAAUUGAAGAAACCUGUCAGUACCACAAACCUACAAGAUCCAGGAGUGUUAGGUUGCCCUCGGACGUGCCUUCAUGCCAUCUUAAACAUCCUGGAGAAAGGAACUGAAGGGAGAACAGGCCCGGUGGCAGUGAGAGAAUCUCCUCAACUCGCUGAGCUAUGUUACCAGGUGAUAUAUCAGUUAUGUGCAUGCUCUGAUACAUCUGGUCCUACUAUGAGAUACUUGAGAACCAGCCAGGAUUUCUUAUUUUCUCAGUUGCAGCAUUUACCAUUUUCUAACAAAGAAUAUGAAAUAUCUAUGCUGAACCAAAUGUCAUGGCUGAUGAAGACUGCUUCAAUAGAACUGAGGAUAACUUCUCUGAAUCGUCAACGGUCACAUACCCAGAGGCUCCUACACCUCUUAUUGGAUGACAUGCCAGUGAAACCAUACUCAGAUGGUGAAGGAGGAAUAGAAGAUGAAAAUAGAUCCAUCUCUGGGUUCCUUCACUUUGACACUGCUACAAAAGUACGUCGAAAAAUUCUAAGUAUUCUCGACUCGAUUGACUUCAGUCAGGAGAUCCCUGAGCCUUUGCAGUUGGAUUUCUUUGAUCGGGUCCAGAUUGAACAAGUUAUUGCCAACUGUGAGCACAAGAAUUUACGGGGACAGACAGUCUGCAACGUCAAGCUUCUUCAUAGGGUUCUUGUAGCUGAAGUAAAUGCCCUUCAGGGUAUGGCAGCCAUAGGACAGAGACCUCUACUAAUGGAGGAAAUCAGCACAAUACUUCAGUAUGUGGUAGGAAGAAACAAAUUGCUGCAGUGUCUUCAUGCAAAACGGCAUGCGCUAGAGUCAUGGAGGCAGCUGGUAGAAAUUAUACUGACAGCUUGUCCCCAGGACCUCAUUCAGUCAGAGGAUCGACAACUGAUUAUUCGUGAUAUUUUACAAGAUGUGCAUGAUAAGAUACUGGAUGAUGAAGCAGCACAGGAGUUAAUGCCGGUGGUAGCAGGCGCUGCGUUCACCCUGACCGCUCACCUAAGCCAAGCCGUUCGCACGGAACAGAAGCAACCAUUAGUCCUGGGACCUGGAGAGGCCCAUUAUGCUUUUAUGCUGGAUAGUUCUUUCACCUCACCUCCUCCAGCAGAGAACCCAGUGGUGGGUUUUGCUUCUAUUGGAGAUUCUUCACUUCACAUCAUAUUGAAGAAACUGUUAGACUUCAUUUUGAAGACAGGUGGCGGAUUCCAGCGAGUGAGGACACACCUCUAUGGCUCUCUGCUUUAUUACUUACAGAUUGCCCAGAGACCAGAUGAACCAGACACCUUAGAAGCAGCCAAGAAAACUAUGUGGGAAAGGCUGACAGCUCCUGAGGAUGUAUUUAGUAAAUUACAGCGAGAAAACAUAGCCAUCAUUGAGAGCUACGGCGCUGCCCUCAUGGAAGUGGUCUGUCGAGAUGCUUGUGAUGGUCAUGAGAUUGGAAGGAUGCUGGCCCUGGCUCUCCUUGAUCGAAUUGUCUCCGUUGAUAAGCAGCAGCAGUGGCUUUUGUAUCUUUCUAACAGUGGCUAUUUGAAGGUGCUUGUGGACAGCUUGGUAGAAGAUGACCAUACUUUGCAGAGCUUACUCACUCCACAACCUCCCCUUUUAAAAGCCCUGUAUACUUAUGAAUCGAAAAUGGCAUUUCUCACAAGAGUGGCUAAGAUACAGCAGGGCGCUUUAGAGCUCCUGAGGUCUGGGGUCAUUGUGAGACUGGCACAAUGCCAAGUCUAUGACAUGCGCCCAGAAAUGGACCCACAGGGCAUGUUUGGCAUGCAAGACCCCCCCGUGUUCAUCCCUACUCCGGUGGACCGGUAUCGUCAGAUUCUCCUCCCAGCUCUCCGCUUGUGCCAGGUCAUCCUCACAUCUAGCAUGGCCCAGCACUUGCAGGCAGCAGGGCAGGUGUUGCAGUUUCUCAUUUCGCAUUCUGAUACCAUACAAGCAAUCUUGCGCUGUCAGGAUGUUAGUGCUGGGUCUUUGCAGGAAUUGGCUCUGCUGACAGGAAUUAUAAGUAAAGCAGGACUUCCUGGUAUAUUAAGUGAACUUGAUGUUGACGUGAAUGAAGGAUCUCUAAUGGAGCUACAGGGACAUAUUGGAAGAUUCCAGCGCCAAUGCUUAGGAUUACUGAGUCGCUUUGGUGGCUCCGACAGACUGCGUCAGUUUAAAUUUCAAGAUGAUAAUGUGGAGGGAGAUAGAGUGAGCAAGAAAGAUGAGAUCGAACUGGCUAUGCAGCAGAUUUGUGCCAAUGUCAUGGAAUAUUGCCAGUCACUCAUGUUACAGAGUUCCUCUACCUUUCAGCAUGCUGUGUGUCUCUUCACCCCUAGCCUGUCAGAAACCAUUAAUAGAGAUGGACCCCGGCAAGAUACCCAAGCUCCAGUAGUUCCAUAUUGGCGCCUGCCUGGUUUGGGCAUUAUCGUCUACCUGCUGAAACAGAGCGCUAAUGAUUUCUUCAGCUAUUAUGAUAGUCAUCGACGGAGUGUCAACAAGCUACAGAAUGUAGAGCAGCUUCCACCAGAUGAGAUAAAAGAGUUGUGUCAGUCUGUGAUGCCUGCUGGCGUUGAUAAAAUCUCCACUGCCCAGAAAUAUGUUCUAGCACGACGGCGUUUGGUGAAGUUGAUCAACAAUCGAGCUAAACUGCUCUCCCUCUGUUCUUUUAUCAUAGAGACGUGCCUAUUUAUUCUUUGGCGCCAUUUGGAGUACUAUUUGUUACACUGCACGCCUACGGAUUCUCAGGAUUCCUUAUUUGCCUCCAGGACCUUAUUUAAAAGCAGAAGACUACAAGAUUCCUUCGCUUCAGAAGCCAACCUGGAUUUUAGAAGUGGACUGACUGUAGUGAGCCAACAUGACAUAGACCAGCUUCAGGCCGACACCAUCAAUGCUUUUGGAGAAUCACUACAAAAGAAACUUCUGGACAUUGAAGGAUUAUAUUCAAAAGUUCGAUCUCGCUAUAGUUUCAUACAAGCUCUUGUCAGACGUAUCCGAGGACUACUGAGGAUAUCGCGGAACUGAGCACCUGUGCUUGUAUUCUUCUAGGGAAGAGAAGAAUUGGGGAAAACUGUCUCCAUUUUAUAAAUUAGUUUGUUUCUAAAUUAUGACCAAAAAAUAUUUUGCUAUUUCGUUCUUUAUAUAUGGACAUCUUUCCUGUAAACUUCUUUGCCUGAUUUCAUCCUCACUAGUGAAAAAUAAAUACUUUUUA